AAUAAAUAUCCAUUUAAACAUUUAUCUCCUAAAUCUUGUGUUCCACAUAUAAGAUAUUUUCUCUAGGGUUUCCACGCAUUCCAAAAGCUGACCUGCCGCAGACCACUUCUUCAUCCUGUUCUUCACCAGAUAAUUUGGCACGAUGUCAGAAGGUCAGGAAACCGAUAAGAAUAUCGAAAUAUGGAAGAUCAAGAAGCUGAUCAAAGCAUUGGAAGCUGCAAGAGGCAACGGUACCAGCAUGAUUUCUCUAAUCAUGCCACCACGUGAUCAAAUCUCUCGAGUCACGAAAAUGCUUGGUGACGAAUUCGGAACCGCUUCAAACAUCAAGAGCAGGGUUAACCGCCAGUCUGUUUUAGGUGCCAUAACAUCAGCCCAACAACGACUCAAGCUCUACAACAAGGUCCCACCAAAUGGACUUGUGCUCUAUACCGGAACCAUUGUUACCGAUGACGGAAAAGAGAAAAAGGUCACGAUCGAUUUUGAACCGUUCAAGCCGAUCAACGCUUCACUUUAUCUCUGUGACAAUAAGUUCCAUACCGAAGCUUUAAACGAGUUGUUAGAGUCCGAUGACAAGUUCGGUUUCAUUGUUAUGGACGGAAACGGUACCCUUUUCGGGACGUUAAGUGGCAACACGAGAGAAGUUCUACACAAGUUUACUGUCGAUUUACCGAAAAAGCACGGUCGAGGAGGUCAAUCUGCGCUUCGGUUUGCGCGUCUUCGAAUGGAGAAACGUCACAAUUACGUGAGGAAGACUGCUGAGCUGGCAACACAGUUUUUCAUCAAUCCCGCCACUAGUCAGCCGAAUGUUUCCGGGCUUAUCCUUGCUGGUUCUGCUGACUUUAAAACUGAGCUGAGUCAGUCUGAUAUGUUCGAUCCUCGUCUUCAAGCUAAAAUUUUGAACGUGGUUGAUGUUUCUUACGGAGGCGAGAACGGGUUUAAUCAAGCUAUUGAAUUAUCUUCGGAAAUACUUGCAAAUGUGAAGUUUAUUCAAGAAAAACGUCUAAUCGGGAAGUAUUUCGAGGAAAUUAGUCAGGAUACCGGAAAGUACGUAUUUGGUGUUGAAGACACAUUGAAGUCGUUAGAAAUGGGUGCCGUUGAGAUUCUUAUCGUGUGGGAAAAUCUCGAUAUCAAUCGUUACACACUUAAAAACGGCACAACUGGCGAAAUCAUCAUCAAACAUUUGAACAAAGACCAAGAAUCCGAUCAGAGUAACUUUAGAGAUUCCGACACCAAUGCUGAGCUGGAAGUUCAGGAAAAGAUGUCGUUGCUCGAAUGGUUUGCUAACGAGUAUAAGAAAUUCGGUUGCACGCUCGAGUUUGUUACGAACAAAUCUCAAGAGGGUUCGCAGUUUUGUAGGGGUUUUGGUGGAAUUGGUGGAAUACUUCGAUACCAGCUGGACAUUAGGUCUUUUGAUGAGCUGUCUGAUGAUGGAGAAAUUUACGAGUCGGACUAGCAAUCAAGCACUUGUCAUGGGCCCGCGGAGGGGGGUGGAGUGGGGCCCAGAGCCAGCUUCGCGGCACUCGUUAAGCUUUCUGCUCUGUUCACUUUUUAAGGAGUUCAUAUGAAGCUGGAUUACAUAGUAUUGGAUGAUACAUCAAACAUAUCCCCCCCAAGUUGAAGUGGUUGCACUCGAUCAUUCUCAAAAUGUUUUAGACGGUUCCAAUAUAUGCGUAAUUGUGGAUUAUUACAUUUCUCACUUUGGUUUUUAAAACCUAGUUUGACUUGUGCUUAUGGUCUUUGAUGUUUUGGUACUAUGGUUUUUGUUAUAAUUGUUUUCCGACUUGUAGAUUCGUAUGAACUUUUUUGUUGGUUUUCGCCCUAA